AUGUCUUCUGCUUUGUCUCCACAAUUCGAAGUUUUUGAAGAUGAUAUGCAAAGUUCUGGCGAAAAGUCUGAUACCGUUGAAACUCAAGCUCAUGAGCUGAUCGAGACGAAACCAAGAAAUUUGUUUGAAAAGUGUAUGCAUUUCUUUGAAGUCAAGCAACACACCAAUACUGCUUCUAAUCGCCGCGCGGAAUCCUUUAUUGAAUCUUUUGUUUAUAAUGAUGAUUUGAGACCUGUUGAAGAAAAGAGAAGAGUAUGGGACUGGAAACAAUUUUUCAGUUUCAUCGUUUCUGGUGCAUUAAACUGUAACACCUUGGAAACAUGUGUUCUCGGCUUGCAACUGGGUUUAACUUGGUACCAGACAUGGAUUAUGUCUACCUUGGGUUUCACUUUCGUUGGUCUUUAUGUCGUGCUCGCUUGUCGUGUCGGUAACUUCUACCACAUUUCAUUUCCAAUCGCCUCCAGAGCCGCCUUCGGAGUAUACUUCUCGGUGUGGAUUGUCAUUAACCGUGUUGUGAUGGCGGUGGUCUGGUUCGGUGUACAGACUUACAUUGGAUCUCAAACUGUUCAAUUGAUGUUGAAAGCAAUCUUUGGUACUGAUUUGGAGACGAGAAUCAACAACACUUUUUCUAGCCCUAAUUUAACGACAUUCCAAUUUCUGUGUUUCAUGAUUUUCUGGGCUAUCCAACUACCUGCACUAUGGUUUUCACCACAUUCUUUAAGACAUUUGUUUGUUGCCAAAACAAUGAUCACUCCAGUAGCAUUGGUCGCAUUCUUAAUCUGGACUAUCAAGAAAUCUGGCGGUAACCUUGAACUUGGAUCCUUAUCCUUAGAACCACCAUCAAAGUCAUUAAUCGGAUGGGCUUAUGUUAGAGCCGUCAUGACUUCAUUAGAUAACUUUGCUACGUUAAUCUUAAACGCACCAGAUUUUGCCAGAUUUUCCAAGACAAAGAGAUCAUCUAUCUACUCUCAAUUAAUUUUUAUCCCAGUGGUUUAUUCGAUCUUGGGUAUCAUAGGUAUUCUAAUCACCUCAGCUGCCUUUCACAUGUAUCAAGUCAACUAUUGGAAUCCAUUGGAUAUUUUGAAUAGAUUCUUGGACAAUUACAAUUCUGGGAAUCGUGCCGGUGUAUUUUUAAUCGCAUUAUCCUUUGCAUUGGCUCAAUUAGGUACCAAUGUCGCUUCAAACUCCAUCAGUGCUGGUACGGAUAUGACUGCACUACUACCUAAAUUCAUUAAUAUCAGACGUGGUUCAUACAUUUGUGCUGCCAUCUCAAUUGCUAUCUGUCCAUGGGACUUAAUGGCCAGCUCAUCCAAAUUCACCACAGCAUUGUCCGCUUACGCCGUUUUCUUAUCCAGUAUCUCCGGUGUCAUUGCUGCCGAUUACUACGUGGUACGCAAGGGAUACAUCAACUUACACCAUUGUUACACCAAUAAGUUGGGCACUUGGUACAUGUACAACAAGUACGGAACCAACUGGAGAGCAGUGGUAGCAUACGCAUUAGGAAUGGUACCAAAUUUCCCUGGUUUCAUCGGCUCUGUUGGACCAAGUGUACCCGAGGGCGCCAUGAGAGUCUACUAUUUAAAUUAUUUUGUCGGCUGGGGUGUGUCUUUCUCAAUUUACUGCCUAUUAUGCUACUAUUUCCCAAUUGAUGGUACGCCAAAGGGCGUCAAGUUCUUCCAAAGAGUAUGGUACGAAAAAUGGGUUGAUGUGGAACAUUUCCACGAGGAAAGAAGGGAUUUCGAAGACAACGGUUACAAUUUUGAUGACGAAUCGGUCACCACAACUGCUGUACAUGUACACGAAACAGCUGAUGAUGAUAUGAAGAAGUUCGAAUUUUAG